AUGCUUGUUUUGAAGCUGGGGGCAAGCUUGAAGAUCUCGAUCGAUCUAUUGAAGCGGGCCGAAGGGCGCUUGACUUUGCACUUUGACGAAGAGUGCCCCGUCCUUGUCGCCGAGGAGCCCAACUCACUACUCACACCUGCCAACGAGAUGAGCUUCACGCGCGAACUCUCGCGCCUGCAUCUUGACCUGGUCUGGGCCAGUCGUCAUGCUGUAACACUCCGUCGCCAACUCGCGGACGCCAACUUGCAAGGCUACCAUUCGCUACGUGUGUCGUCCGCACUCCGCCUCCCGCUCUGGGUUAUCCCUCUACUCGAUCAAAUUCGACCAGUCCAGGAGCUCCUACGUCGAUGGGACGAGGCGAGGUCAUGGCUGCAACGCGGUGGUGUGAGCGAAUCCGAAGCUCAGAGUAUCGAUACGGCACGCGCUCUCUUUGACGAGAUACCGUGGUCUGCACGAGUGCUGGCUGGGAACCCCGCUGUUCAUCUCUUGACACUGGAGCUCGCUUCAUUCUUGAGCAAUCGCUGGCUCAAUGACGAGAUGCUCAAUGCUGGUCUUGACUGGACCAUUUGUCAUAUGGCAGCUCAGGCCGCAGUCCAGGGUGUUCUGGUGUCAACUGCGCUAGCGAAUGUCUACCUCCUCCCCUCGCUCAGGAAUGCACGGGCUGUGCGCACAAACUACCAUCCACGCCACGCAUUGGCUCUCGACCGCGGUAUCGAGACGGGUGCAAUCUCAGCAUUUUCCGUCCCUGCCAAUCCCGGCGGCAACCAUUGGGCGGCAUACCAUGUCGAUGUCACCGACUGGACGUACACCUACAUCGACAGCAUGGGUGGUAUCCCCGACGAGCGCGAUAUCCAGCUCCUGAACUGCUAUCUGCGAGAGUUUCGACCAGGCGGGCGCCUUCCACGACCACUCCGUCCAGCACAGCAGCCUACUAUAGUCGCUCCGAUCCAGCAAGACGGGCACUCCUGUGGCGUCAUAUACCUCGACACGGUUGCAUCGCGGUAUGCUGGUACUUCAACUUGGACUCCUGCACGUGCACGCGAGGCCCGAAUUGAUUGGUUCAUUCGGCUUGCUGCUCCCUUCCAUCAUGAUACGGGUGCUGAUGAUGACGAGGCCACAUUCUCAGAUUCGGGCUCUAACUUCAUCAACGGUCUCGAGGAUGUUCCCCUUGUGUUCGAUGAUGAGGCCAGCGAGCGUUACACAGACUUCAGUGAUGAGGACGCUCAUGACGAAGCCUCCGAACCACCUACGUCCUCGCGUCCUCUGUCUCCUUCGUCUCAAGAUUCAUCCUACCCGCCUUCUCGCUCAUCAUCACCCAAAUUGCCUGCAUUGAUGUUCGGGCCCAAGCCAACGACCUCAACCGUCUACCGCAAGCGGCCGCAUAUCGCCAUUGAGUCGAGUUCAUCUGAUGACGAGCUCUCGGGUCGUGGUCUUUCGUGCGUGGGCAUGAACGAGGCCGUGUCGAGUGGGGAGUUCCAACCGAGCGUUGCACGGCUCGACAACUUUCGACAGAAGGUUCUUGAGGAUAACCGGCACGCGGAGUUCAAGGAGAAGGAUGUUCGUGCUGUUAGAUGUUCGGCAUGCGGCGAGUGGCUUCGCAUGCGUGUGCCAUAUGAUACUGGCCGCUGGAAAGAGCACCGGAACACGCCAAAAUGCCAAAAGAAACAGUCGUUGGGCCUGGCUAGCGUCUCACUUACAUCGUUCUUUCGUUCACAGCCGCAACAGCCCCAGCCUGUGUCGACACCCGUUGGCCCUCCUCUUCCCUGCCCGGGUCUUCGACGAGAAUGCAACAAACUCAUUGACCAGUAUUUGUACCGCUCUAGUGCAACAGGGGGUGGGGCGCCGAGCCAUCUUGUACUCGCAUUCGAGCUGUUCGGGCACAUCCUGUCACUCAAGGAUUGUGCGUGGUCCAGUCUCUCGCCGUCGCGUCAACACAUGGUUCUCCGGCGUGAGGAGAGUCGGUACAAGUGGUUGAACUCUCGUGCAAGUGGCGCCAUCUUUUCCAAAUUGUGCUGUGGUACCUCGCGAUCGCCUGCUGGUACUCCUGAGGACAAGGUCCUACCGUGUGCGGACUGCCACGACCUCCGGAAACUGCACACAUUCCAGAACGCACUCAACUGGCCCGUUCCCGACGACGCGAACAUGAAGCACGUCCCCCAACUGUACCGUUCUGAGGAGCUUGGCAACAUCUACGCGCGUGUCAAUGGACUAAAGAAGCUUAUGGAGGAUAACAAUGGCAAGGGUUUUAUGCGCCGUUUUGCGCAAGGCUACGUCGAUGGAGAGUACGCAGACCAGGCGGUCGUCAUUGGCAUGAUCGAAGCUCUCGUCGUCAAGAAGGAUCGUGCACGUAGAGGGAAAGCUAUGGUCGGCAUGCGUUAUUCCGAGGCGCUCGACGGCUUCAUGCAACGUCUCUUCACCAUUUCGCCUCACGCAUAUUGUACAUUCCGCAAGAGCUUUGGCAGUCGCACGGAAAGCAGCCUACGAUUAGUCACUCGUGUCGCCACCUCUCUUAAACCUCACUAA